CGCUAUGGGGCGGAUCUUUGCGGUAAAAUACAUGUCCACCUCUUCGCCUGUGCCACAAUGACAGAUGAAGCGUGUUUUUAUCGGAAGGACGUCUCCUAGCUGUGGGAUUUCAGUGAUUGCUCUGUGUUAAGGCCAGGCGCAGAGCGGAAUGGCUUUAAUGGAGAAACCGGCGGCCGGGAAGCUCCUGCUGGACGAUACGGUGUCGCUGACGGCGGUAAUCGAAGCGAGUCAGAAUCUCCAGUCUCACACGGAAUACAUCAUCCGUGUGCAGAGGGGAGUCUCUACAGAAAACAGCUGGACGGUGAUCAGGAGAUACAGUGACUUCGACAUGCUUAAUAAUAGUCUGCUGAUCUCAGGCCUGAACCUGCCACUUCCUCCUAAGAAGUUAAUCGGAAACAUGGACCGUGAGUUCAUAGCAGAGCGGCAAAAAGGUCUACAGGCGUAUCUGAACUUUCUCACACAGCAUCACAUCCUCUCCAGCUGUGAACUUGUCAAAAAGUUCCUUGACACCAACAAUUAUUCUGCAAACUACACAGAAAUCGCCUUACAGCAAGUGUCCAUGUACUUCAGAUCAGACCUGAUAUGGGAAGUGGUUGAGCCUUUAAAAGACAUAGGUUGGAGAUUACGAAAGCGGUACUUCUUAGUUAAAAACAAAGAGCAGCCCAAGGAGCGACAAGUCUUAAGCUGGGUCGAUUUCGGUCCUGAUAAAUUCUUAUCAGACAAAGAUCUGCAGUCCAUGAUGAAGCUGCUCCCAUCCCUGGCUCACCCAUAUAUCUGUCCAGUCACCUAUGCUUCUACUAUUGAGUCCUCAGCAGUAGUAAUCAGAAUUUUUAAUGAAAAAGGCACACUUAGGGAUCAUAUUUGCAAGGUAAAGCCAAAAGAAGCAUUCCUGAAGAAGUAUUGCAACCCUAAAAAGAUCCAGGGUCUGGAGCUCCAGCAGAUCAGGACGUACGGGAGGCAGAUUUUGGAGGCCCUGAAAUUCCUCCAUGAUAAGGGUUUUCCAUACGGGCAUCUCCACGCCUCAAAUGUUCUAAUUGAGGACAACACAUGCAAACUGCUGGACAUAGAAAACUCCAUCCUGGGACUUCCCUCUUACUACCGGCCUUAUGUGACCCAGUUCAGGAAAAUUAACACCACAGAGAGCAUUGACGUCUACUCGUUUGGUCACUUGUUGUAUGAAAUGACGUAUGGCAGGCCUCCCGAUGCUGUUCCUGUGGAUCAGUAUCCUUCUGUGCCCUACACUUCAGUCGUCUCGGUCCUGCAGUCCAUCCUGUCCACUGAGGCAUGUAAAACAGGGAUGCCCACAGUUCCUCAACUCUUACAGACACCACUAUUCAGUGAUGUGCUCCUUUUCAACACAGAGAAAGCUCAGUUUAAGAUCACUUCCAAAUUGAAAGAGGCCUUGAAAUUGUCCAAAGAGUGUUUGGAAAAACGUCUCCAAGAGGAACAGAGAGCGGUUCAGCAGCACAGAAGGCUGACCCGGGCACAGUCCCACCACGGCUCUGAGGAGGAGAAAAGAAAGAGGAAGAUCCUUGCCAGAAAGAAAUCCAGACAUUCUGCUUAUGAAAAUGAGGAGGACAUUUCUGUCAAAUACAACAACAACUCUGGUUCAGGAGCAAGUUCCCCACCUACUUGUCCUUCUUCUCCUACUCCUCCACCUGCACCAGGUGUUCAGCCAGUGACCCUUCCACCACCUCCACCACCUCCUCAACCUUCUUUAGGGAUUGAGUCUAACCCUCCGUCCCUCCAUCCUCCUUCCGUUAAUGGCAAGGGCCGAAGCGCCCUCCUGAGCUCCAUUCAGACCUUCAGCAAAGACCGACUGAAAAAAUCGGAGACCAAUGAUCGCAGCAAUCCGCACAUCUGAGCAACACUUUUUAUGGUCCUUAGUUCUUAUCGUGUGCAAUUUGUCCUUGGCCCUCUUAUCCGAGGCUUCCAGGAUCUGAUCUUCAGGAGUGCAGAGAUGUUUUAAAACUGGACUGCUGGGGGAAACUAUUUUUAAUAUUUCACUCCCAAAUCGGCUGCAGAUCAGCAAUGGUGAGGCUAAAGUGUGGGGUAUCUGUGCUGCUAUACAGGAUAUGACCUUGGAAACUGCAUUUCAGCUGUCAGGUUUAUGAAUUGGACUUGCAUAUUUGUGGUAAAUAAUCACACACACCCUACAGCAAUGUUCCUAACCCCCAUAAAAUCAGCCUUCAGCUGCAGCACAUUCAUCAUGUGGUGUUUUCAAGCAGCUUACAAGAAUUUGGGUUAUGUUUCAAACAGAAAGACCUUUUUUAAUGCUUUGACUUUCACUUUUGGGUUUUACUUAAAACGUUGUGUAGGUUUUAUCUUUUUAAUCCGUUGCAUAAUGUUAUAGUACGUUCAAAUCACGCCGGAACUGCAGUAAUUAUGAGAUGAUUCAGAACUCGGCAGUGCAAUAGUGUCCAGAAUCGCUAUUUUGACAUCUACGAUAGCUAGCAUGUUGACUAAACCAAUUUUUAAUGUCGUUCAGUGGUUGGUUUUAAAAAUGGAAGCUAUGUUCUGCAAACAAAAAUGCUAAACAAGACUCUACUCUUAAGUAGAUAAUUCAGUGAGCCUUUGUGCCUUUGGAAGAGAGCACUACCAUCAGGAUAAAAAUGUUUCACCAUAGGGUAAAUGUGCUCAGUCAGAAUAACUUUAUAUUAGGUUCACGAGUGGCGUAACACAAAAGCAUUCAGAAAAGCGUAGUGAGUUCAAAUCCUGAUGAUGCCACAGCCAUCUGUGGCUGGGAACCAAGGGAGCAAAAUUGGCCAUGCUCUCUGGGUGGGAGGGAUGGCAUACUCUAUCCCCCCUAUCAAUCAGAGUGACACUAGCCAAUCUUAAGCAUCUGUGAGCUCAUGUAUGCAGAAGAGGGUAGAAAACACUUUCCCCAAAUGCACUCUGAUGCACACAGCAUCAGUGGUAGUUCAUAAAGAUGCGGUAGCUGGCAUCACGUCUCGGAGGAAGCACGUGUUUGACUUCACCCUCCCCAGGUGGUCGCUGUUGUGUGAUAGUUGAGAGCUAGCUAAUGGGUGGCAAAUGAUGAACCUGGGAGAAAAUGGGAUAAAAAUAUUUAAAAAAAAAAAAAAAAAAAAAAAGGAUAACUUUGUAUUGACGAGUGGA